UUCCUGCGCAGAGACAUCACACACCGAAGGGGUCACGCGUAUAUUUCUGCUCUUCUCUUGGAAAACUAAACAAGUCUUGAAUGGUUCAAAACUUUCAUUGGAUGUACUAUUUUCAUGUUGGACUCAAGAAAAAAAAAAUUUUGGAGCGAAACAAUUACAAGGACGCAUUGUGUUUCCACUGACAAGUAACUGCACCGCGGGGAGAAAAUAGAAAAACGCCGUGCCAUGUUGCAACACUUUCUGAAAACCCGAGUGGAAAUAUAAUCGAGCCCACACACAUACACACACACACACAUACAAACACACAUAUACAAACACACAUAUACACAAACGCGCGCACACACGACCGAGGUAGUUAUUUUUAAGACUACUGAGAGGAAACUACAAAUAUACUGUGAAGCGCUUUGUCGCAGCUUGGCUCCGGCAACUGCAGGUUCUGGAGCAUCUGCUGGUGAAAAAUUGUCAAGGAGAAGUGCGAUAGAGACGAUGUGCGGCUGGGUAGGCAGCUGGGUUUGCAGCUCGUCUCCUGGAUUUAGUAGAUGAAGGGGAAGGGAGCGGCUGUAGCUCCAAAGCAGAGAAACAGAAAUCUGAGCCUGCGGUUGCACGCAAUGGAUACUUGUCCAUCUGUAAAGGUGGAAGAGUGAACGGAUGAGGUGUUGGACUUCUUCUUCAGUACACACACACAGACAUCACCUUCCAACGACCAUCCGUGGGAGGGGGAGCAAGACUUGGGAUUGUUUGUUGCCCGCAGCAGGAAUUCAAGUUUUAGGUGACCUGAAAAACCCAAACGGAGAUCAAUGUGACUAUCAAGAAGGCUGUAUGAAACUGACAUGAAUCAAUGUUUGGAGACCUGACUGAACAACAGAUCUUAUUAUUGCUCUUUGCUCAUCCCGCUCUUUGAGUGUGAAUGUGUGGCCUUGAGGUGUUUCCAAGGGACCAUAUGGCACAGUACCACGAGAUAUAGGUCCCCUUUCUGUGAACUAACAUGGACAAAGUGGUCAUCAGUCUCCUGCUUCUGGGAACCGCAGUUACAAUGGUCCAUGCAUGUCCCAAGUAUUGUGUCUGCCAGAACCUGUCAGAAUCACUUGGGACUCUAUGCCCCUCCAAAGGCCUGCUCUUCGUUCCCCCAGACAUCGACCGGCGAACUGUAGAGCUCCGGCUUGGUGGCAACUUCAUCCUCAAGGUCACCACACAAGACUUUGCCAACAUGACAGGUCUGGUGGAUCUCACCUUGUCCCGCAACACAAUCAGCGCCAUCCAGCCUUUCUCAUUCAUUGAUCUGGAGACCCUGAGAUCCCUGCACCUUGACAGUAACCGGUUGACCGAGCUGGGACCUGACGACCUUCGUGGAUUGAUCAACCUCCAACAUCUGAUUCUCAACAACAAUCAACUUAGUCGGAUCUCCAAAGCAUCCUUUGACGACCUGUUACUGACACUGGAGGACCUGGAUUUGUCAUAUAAUAAUUUGCGCAGUGUGCCUUGGGAAGCCAUCCGCAAGAUGGUCAAUCUUCAUCAAAUGAGUCUGGAUCAUAACCUCAUCUCCUUCAUUUCAGAGGGAACUUUUACAGAUCUGGAUAAACUGGCUCGUCUGGACCUGACUUCUAACCGCCUGCAGAAGCUUCCCCCUGACCCCAUCUUUGCUCGCUCCCAGAGCAAUGUUGUGAUGAGUACUCCCUAUGCACCUCCGCUCUCUCUGAGCUUUGGUGGAAACCCGCUGCACUGCAACUGUGAAGUGCUUUGGCUUCGUAGGCUUGAACGUGAGGAUGAUAUGGAAACCUGCGCUUCUCCUGCCAGUCUCAAAGGACGUUACUUCUGGUCUGUUCGCGAGGAGGAGUUUGUUUGCGAGCCUCCUCUAAUCACACAGCAUACCCACCGGCUGCUGGUGCUGGAGGGCCAAACAGCUAGCCUUCGCUGUAAAGCUGUUGGUGACCCAAUGCCAACUGUGCACUGGGUUGCUCCCGAUGAUCGUUUGAUCAGCAACUCCUCCCGAGCAACAGUUUAUGAAAAUGGCACUCUGGACAUCACAAUCACCACAUCCAAGGAUUAUGGUACCUUCACUUGCAUUGCUGCCAAUGCAGCCGGAGAGUCUACUGCAUCCAUAGAGCUGUCAAUCAUCCAAAUUCCCCACCGAAGCAAUGGGACAAACCGCACUACACAGGCCAAGUCAGGGCUUUCUGACAUAACUAGUUCUACCAAGGUCAGUAAAGGGGAGCCUAAACCUCUGCCGGAGAAGGUGGUGUCCAUAUCAGAUGUGACGGCUGUCUCUGCUUUAGUCCAGUGGACUGUUAGCAAAUCAACUCCAAAGGUCAAAAUGUAUCAGCUUCAGUACAAUUGUUCUGAUGAUGAAGUCCUCAUUUACAGGAUGAUUCCCAUGACUAACAGAGCAUUCUCAGUUACAAAUCUUGUCCCAGGGAUGCAAUAUGACCUGUGUGUUCUCGCCAUCUGGGAUGACUCUGCCACCACCCUCACGGCCACCAACAUUGUUGGAUGUGUGCAAUUCAUGACCAGGGACGACUAUCCGCAGUGCCAGUCGCUUCACAGUGGUUUCCUGGGGGGUACUAUGAUUCUGGUCAUUGGUGGCAUCAUCGUGGCUACUCUGCUGGUGUUCAUCAUCAUCCUCAUGGUGCGCUACAAGGUGACCAGUGGCAUCCAGACCAACAAGCUACCCGUUAUGAGUAACACAUACUCACAGACAAAUGGGGGGUUAAAUAGAUUUAACGGUGCGCCGCCACAGGUCAAAUCCACUGUGGUUGUCAUGCGAGAGGAAAUGGUUGAAUUCAAGUGUGGAUCGCUCCAGAGCAGCCUCUCUUCUUCUUCUUCCUCCUCUAACUCAUUAGACAGCCAAACAGGGAGAGGGGCUGGUGACCGCUACAGUAUGCAGGGAAGCGAAUGCAGCACCCUGCCAAGCAGCAAGUUCAGGAGGCACGGCGCCAAAGCACGGCCAAACCUGGACCACCUUAUAGGGGCCUUCACCUCACUGGAACUACGAGGGGUAUCCAGGGACCAACAAGGGACCUCUGGUCCCUCCACCAAUGCCAAUGCUAUGAUGACGGUAGCUGUGGCUCCCCCAUCUGAUAAAGAACCUCUGCUUGGACGAGCUGAAUCCACCACCAUGCUGGGACGUCUCCUAGGGCUUCCCCAGGAGGGCAAGCCCAAAAGGAGCCACUCGUUUGACAUGGGUCAUGUGGGGGCCACACAGUGUCGCAGCAACUACCCCCGUAGGAUCAGUAACAUCUGGACUAAACGCAGUCUGUCUGUUAACGGCAUGCUGCUGCAGUAUGAUGACAAUGAGGAAGAAAAACCCACUUUUGAGAGCUCUGAGUGGGUGAUGGAAAGCACAGUUUGAGCACAGUCAGUCUAACUGUGGUCCAUGGCCAAACAACAAAUCUAUAUCAGGACCUAAAAGUACUUAAGUGCAGAAGGAGGAAUAUUCCUGAUGGAAUCUGCCUUGGGUAUUGCAUGAAGUUCUCCGUGUGAAUACUGUUCGAGUAACUAUGUGAGAGAUGACAUUCACAUUUAUAGAUUUCCUGGCCAUGAUCUCAUAUUUCUGACAGUAUCGAACCAUAUCUGAAAAAAAUGUUUGUAUUUUGAGACAACAUGGAAUCAUAUUGAUAUGGCCUGUGUGGAAUUAUUCCCAGUCCACAGGCACAUGAGAGUAUCUCAGAGAAAAAAGAUUAGAAAUUCAAAGUGGAUUUACUACAUCUUUAUCAAAGAAACUGAAUGCUAAGAGGAUUUGCCUCGACUGUGGUGAAGUGGAUGUGCAUCACAGUGUCUUGGACCCUCAGCCUGAAAUUGGACUACUACUAUAGUAGAGAAGAGGACUUGACAAGUGAACAGGAAAUUAAAACAGUCAUUUUUAUUUUCAUUUGGGUUUUCUAUUAUUUUUACUAUUUAUUAUUUGGGGUCAUUCAUCAGCAGGCACUGGCAUAGCUAUCCCCACUCACAGUCACUUAAAUAAUUCAGUGGUGUUUCAAACAUCAGUGACAAAUUGACAGCAGGACUCAUUGAAAUAACAGCAUGAACCAUAUCACAUCUAUUCUGACAGUGAACCACAACAAUCCAGGCUUGUAUUUCUACCUCAGGUUAUUGAUCAUAUGAGGUUAUUUGUACAUGAACAGUGAUGGAAAAUACAAGCCAAACGGCCCAAGAAUGACAAAUCACUAAAAGCAGCGUUCUUUACUUGUUUGCAAGUGCUAUAAAGAAUUAUUUAAUCUCCAACUCAUUAAAUUCAGCGUGUUUUCUGCAUAGGUUGAAAUCCUGCUGUGACAAAAUGUAUUUCCGAAUGCUUUGUUUCACUCCCUCCGUCGGUGACAUCGGUCCCUGAAGGCUAAAAGGCCAUUGAUGUAAACAGAGUGUUUGCCACAGGCUACAGGUUCAAAUUCUAUCACCACACAUUACAGUAUCCAGACAUGAAAAGUCUUUGAAAUCCAUCAGGCCCAUUUGCUUAAGCCACAGCUGGAUGUGUAAUUCUCUUUAGGCAACACAAACACAAGUGUAUGGCAGUUAGUCGUUCAAACAGGUUAAACGCCGAAAUGAGUCCGGGCAGACAUUAAUCAGCCCGAUAAAGACCAUUAUGUUGCUUAGGAGAGGAGGUUAAGAGAAAACAAGGAAAGAGAGAGAGAGAGAACAUAUUACAGGCAAACAGCUGAAAACCCUGAAUCACCAGAUUGUAUGAUACACAGCAUUCGUUGGUGGAUUCAUUAUUUGAAUUGACUGAUCAGAGCAACCGUUUAUCUUUGGUCCUCCUUCAUACAGAGCUGUACAUUGCAGCGAAACACUUUGAAUUAGUUGCUAUCCAGAUGACUGCCUCCAAUCAACCGAGACAUCCCAGCACAUUUUGAUGCCUUUCUUAAUAUCCUGUGAGUUUCUGCUGCAUUUCAAGAUGUGGGGGUGUUCAUCUUUUUUUUUUUUUUUUUUUUUUUUUUUCUUUCUUUCGUAUUUUUUUUCUUUUUUUCCCCUAGAUGUACCGUUCUGUAUAUUGACAUUUUUGUACAAUAACUGGGUGAGAAUGUAAAGGGGGGUAAAAAAUUGUGCAGUAGUACUUUUAUUUUCAUGUGAAGCAAACAGUGAGAAGGUGCUUUACUGUGGUGUACCAACUUGGUCGUUGUUAGUCGGCUCACUGAAAUGGGAUUUUACAUGGUGUUACAAAUAGAGAAAAGGAAGUUGAAGCCCGUCUGUCAGGGUUGGUUUAUAUCAUACCACUACGCUUACUGAGGUGUCUGUAUAAAACACCACGAAUAAUAAUCAAUCACAAUCUCUCGAAUGCAUUAUUUCACAAAUCCCAAAGUUCCCCUCCCAAAUGCAGCUAUAUGUCAGUAGGUUUCCAAGGAAAGACUGACUUUUGUUUGUCAUUGUUCUAGUUUCAUAAGAUGCAUGCAUAUAUCAUGUGCACACAUCAGGCUUUUAUGUGUGACUUUUGAAACUAGAAUAACAGCAUAUUUUUCUGACUUGUAUUAGAAUGUGCAGACUCAAAAACAAAACAAAGAAAGCAUCAUUAACGUGUCUGAGAAAAAUGUUGAAGUGGAUAGCUUAAAGUCAUGGGUGACAAACUACAAGACUAUCAAUACAUAAAGGCUGGGAAAAUGUGUUUUUGAAACUUUGGGCGAAACAAACAUGGAACUUGUUUUAUCUACUUGUGACAUCAUGUAUUAUCUCGUUUCACUCUGCUAACUAAGAAUACAAUAAGUGUGUACUUGAAUUGACAUAGUCAUGAUUCUCACCUGAAGUUCUAGGACAAAAAUGAUGAAAAAAAUAAAAUAAAAUACAGUUUCUGUGUGAAAACGUUUUGCUACAAAAGAAUAUAAAAUAUUGAUUAAUUCCUAUGAA